UCAGGUCUGGCCUUUUGAUGGAUGCUGAUUACAACUUCACCCAGAGAAACUCACAGUCUGUAUAUUUAUUUUUAUCUGGUAGAGGAGCUUAAUGUGGAACCUGCCUGGAAGAACCCACAUUGUCAAGAGGCCGCAGCUUGCAAAAGGGAACCUCAGGAUUACAAACUCUGGGGAUUAUAAGGGACAGCGUGUAUGAGAGCUUUUUUUCAAAAAAUUUUUUCUUUUUUUUUUAACCAGUUUCAGCAUUGAGUUUACCAACUGCAUUGACUCUGCUGGGUCACUCUUCGGGCUGAAUGCAACCUCUGGCAACCCCCUUCAACAAAUCUUUUUUUGUGUGACCAGCACUGGGAAGAGCAAGGAUUAAAAGACAGAAGGUGACACAAAAAGAGCGAGCAACAACAGCAGGAGCAGAUCACUCAAGUCAGGGCCCUCUGGUGGGAAAAGAACUUAAAACCCAAGACAAAAGGAACGUGCAAGUCACUACAAAAGACUUUUCGGAGGAGCUGGACAUUUGGAAACACCGAAGGGUAAAGACUAUUGGCCUCUGGUUCACCCUUCUUUAAAUUGUUUCCUCCAUCAUAUUCAUUGACCUAAACCCAUCAUGUCUGUGGAGACUCUUCGUCCAUCAGAUGGUCGUUUGGCUUUUACCUCUGCCAUGCCUCUGCGAAUUUUAAACAAGGGCCCAGACUAUUUCCGCAGGGUUCUUGAGCCUGGUGCACGCAAGCUGAGCGCUGUUGAGCGUCUGGAGGCCGAUAAGGCCAAGUAUGUGAAAAGCCAGCAGGUGGCUCUCACCAGGCAGGAGCCCAUCAAGCCCCCAGUUAUUCGCAAGCCACUAAUGUCUCCGGCCAUGAUGCUGCACACUCCUCCAGCCAGGAAAGUUCCCCGAAGACCCUCAGACACUGAAAAUGGGGGACAAGGGCCGUGCAGGGCAACGCCGCUCAACCUGGAUGCCCUUAACAACCUUAUUAACAUUGCUGAUGUGCCGCAUCCCUCAUCUCCUGCUCCUAACUCUCCUUCUCCUUCAACCAUGUCUGGGCAGUCAGCAGAACCUCAGCAGAUUUGUGGCUUUAAUGGGCCCUUUCUCUUGAAACCUGCUUCAUCCUGCACUUCAUCUUCGCUCAACAGUCACGUCCAGCCUUCUUCUCUUGCUUCUCCUUCUUCAGAGCCAAGCCACAGGCCCCCACCUGUGCCAGCAAGAGUUGCUAGAGUCCCUGUACAGGGCAACUACAGCAGUCGCAACCCUGUGACUGUGCGACGGGUUGAUGUGCGGCCACAAGCGGAGAUCAGGAAGCCACAGAGGAUGCCUCUACAGCCUCAGUCCAAACCUCUACAACCUAAACUCAGACAAACCCCACAGCCACAGGCACCACCUCCACCUACGCCAUCCUUCAAAUCGCCAUCCCUCCCCUUACACUCUUCAUCAUCCCCUUGCGUACCCUCUAGCCCCCUGUUGCUACGAGCAGCCAUGCUACCCCCAGCCUCACCAGCCUGUACCCGCUUGUCGUCUACGAGCUCACGAGGAUCAACACGCAGACGCCCCUCACUACACCGCUCCAAAUCAGACCUGAGCGACCGUUAUGCACGUGCGAAUGCUGACCUAGAGCGUUUCUUCAAUUACUGUGGGUUAGAACCCAGCGAAUUGCAAACUAUGGACAUGGAGCAUUUUGGACGUGCGAAUUCUGAUAUUGUUUCCAUUUCAAAGCUGCGCAGCGUCAGCACACCCAGCUCGGAGUGUGGGGAUGAAGGCCGGCCUUACAGGGAGGAGGACGAUGAUGAUGAAGACGAUGGCCGUCCAAGGCCCAAUGACCGUGUUCCUUAUGGGAUCUCAGUCAUCGAGAGGAAUGCACGUGUUAUCAAGUGGCUCUACGGGAUCCGACAGGCUCGGGACUCUCAAAAUGUUUCCAAUGUAUAGGUGCCUCACAGAAACACCAAAAAACUGGUCAGAAGGAAAAGAACGGGGACAUAUCCAGAACAAACAUGCCCCAAUUUAAUGAUGUCUUUUUACAUGCAAUAUAUUUAUUAUGUUUUUUGAAUAAGAUAUUUUGUGUUGUAUAUUUGUGAUACAUAUGGAUUAUUCUUUACUCGCCUUACAGCAAGCUCAAGGAUAAUAGUUCUUAUACAUUUUGUUUGUGUUAUGUCGUUAUAGGUCUUUUUGUCAAAGCAGCCCUUUGUUGCUUCUUUUGGCUAGGCAAUUUGGGCUGUAAUGAUUUACCUCAAAUGGAGAGAAGACUGGAGCAAGCUUUAGAUUCUCUGCACAUUGACUUAGAAAGUGAAAGUCAUUUUAAGCAAUAAUUAAAGUACUAGAUACUAAGAGCUAUGAGAGUGUGGUUGAUGAUGGUUAUGAUGAACACAGCAAUAGGCCAGCUGUAAUGUUGAUUAUCAGGUACUUAGUCUUUAUAUCAGAUUUAGUCUUAUUCAAUCAACUAUGUAUUGAUAUUGGAACUGUGGAUUCCAAUAUGUCAAGACAGCAUGAGUAAGAGCUUAGUUCAGGUACUGUUUCAGGAAGCGAGUACAGCUUUCUGAUAGGGCACAGUCUACCCAACCCCCCGUCACGGACAGAAAAGUUGCUGUAAGCCACAACUAGGACUAAGGUCUAGUCAGCAUGUAUUAUAGUAAGACGUGCUCAUACACACCCACACAUAGAUGCAUGCACUCAAAGGAACAUUAACACACUGACUACUGGUCACUGUGGAGGACAUGUUCUCUCAGCGUCAAGUGUGAGUGUGUCGAAAAGACAAAACGGGUGUGUUGAGAUAUGGCACUAAUGGAAGCGCAAGACUUGAUACUGUGAAGGAACUCUGAGCAGCUUUAAACAUGUUCCUUUAAAUGUCUUUUUAAACAUGGCUGUGAUUUUUGUCAGCAUGUAAGCGUUUAUGUUAGCAUGCAUGGUUUUAUGUACAGGUGAUAAAUGGAAAGCCUUUUUAGCCAAGCACAGAUGCAACCAUAAAACAUUCCAACAAUAAUGUUAAAAAAACAACAACAUUUUUUAUGGUUUGGUUUGACUUCCAUUUUAUUCUGUGUUCAUACAGCACUGUAUCUCCCACCACAGGUUUAUGUAAUGUUGUCAUGUGAGUCGCAACUCUUAUCUGCUGAGAAGAAUGGUUAAAGUUGCCUUGAAGAAAACUUGAGUUUAUUUGUUCCAGAAAAGCGAGACAAAAUGCUUUUUUUUUUCUUAGCAGGUCAAUUGUCAAAUAUUCACCAGUAGUCUGAUGUUACACCAUAGCAAGCUUUCAGGGUUUGCAUGCUUCCUUUUUUCUAUGUGCAUCGUAAUCUUUUCACAUGCAUAUUGUUGAACGUGAAACACUUAUACAUAUUACCUGUGUAGAAUACUGUGUCGCAUCAAAUAAUUCUUAGCCAUGUUCUCUGGGCAAUGAAGUAUGACCAGGGUUGUGUGUUCAGCCUACUAGUGCUUUCAGCACUAAGUCAUUAAAGACUGAAUUUCUGAUGUCUUCUAAUGAUAUUAAUAAACUGAAAAUGUUUUACAAGAA